UUUGUUUUUCACAAAUAGCACCUUGAGUCGUGUCAGCCCGGAACAUGUGAAUGUGACUAUCAGAUUUCUAGAGGAAUUUUUGAUACCUUCUUUUGCUGAAGGAGGCUUUUUUCCCUGGAGAUUAUUUCACACCUCUUACAGGGUUACCAUAUUGUGGCCAGUCAGUGCUCUGGAAAAGAUGUUAUGAAACCAUUUGAAGAGCAUCCAAUAAUUAUUUUGUCUUGUGUGGUACACUGGUCUGCACUAUGCUUCUUGUUCCCAAACUCCCGGCCUCUCAGUGUGCUCCUGAGUGAUCUACCAUCCCUUCUCCUAGACACUGACAGGUUUUUAACUGAUGGAACCCUUCUUUUUGCACCAGGAUCUGCAAGGAAAUCAUUUGUUCUUGGAGCAACUGUAUUUGCACAGUUGCUUCACAGAAACUGGAGAACAUCACAUCCUGUAGACAAGCUUCUUCAAGUGCUUAUGGAAAAAGAUUGCAAAGCUUUGUCAGUACUCAAUGAACUUGUGCUACUCUUUCUGUCCGAUCCCCACAUGAUUCAUGGCCUUUCUGCAGAACAUGAGGAGUUUGGCCCCAAACAAUGGUUAGGAGAAAUGUGGCAGAAAAAUCUAUGGUUAUUUAAAGAAGCUAUGAGCAGUCAGAAGCAGACAUCACAGUGUAGCAGACUGGCACGCUUUGGCAGGGAGUCGCUGAGAAAUCUUGUCAUCUUCAGAUGUAUGAGACAGAUGACCCUACACAAGAUCUCCAUGGAUGCAGAUGUUGUUGCUUUGGUGGUUCACCUGUGCUUUAGCUUGUGUCAAGUCUUUGAAGAGGCAUCAUCUUUUUCACAGCAUAUGAUACAAACUAGUGAUGUGCAUGAGAUUGCUAACACAGUGAGGCAACUGGUGACGACUGCGCCUUUACACAUCCUUCAGAAUCUGGAUGUGAAUGAACUAAAGACAUGUGGCCUGGACAUUUUUUACCUACAGCAACAGAGACUUAAAACCGGCUUGUGAACUGGUGGGUAGGUUUGAUACCAGAUCAUUGUCUGUACAUUGUGUGUGUGGAGAAGGAGAAGCAUCAACAAUGAUUUUCCAUGUUCAAGCAAUAGUCUCUACAAUAUUGCAGGCAUCAACAUGUCUUAGAAAACUGUCGUUUAUUUGUCUUGGACCUUGCCCAAAACCAAUCUGUAAUUUGGAUAACUAUUGUCCAUGUUCUGGAAGGAAGGCAGCAUUUAUGUGUAUGUAUAUAUGUGUGUGUGUCUCAUAAGUGAAAGAGUGGCCAUGUG